AUGCUAAAAACAGGUGUUAUACAGCCCUCAUCAAGUCCAUAUUCGUCACCAAUUUGGGUUGUACCGAAAAAAACAGACGCUUCUGGUAAAAAGAAAAUUAGAGUCGUCAUAGAUUAUCGUAAACUUAAUGAAAAAACCAUCGAUGAUAAAUUUCCUAUUCCACAAAUCGAAGACAUUUUAGAUAGUCUAGGAAAAUCACAAUAUUUCACAACACUAGAUUUGAAAUCUGGAUUUCAUCAAAUCGAAAUGGAUCCAAAACACAGUGCAAAAACCGCUUUUUCUACAGACAAAGGUCAUUUUGAAUUUACAAGAAUGCCUUUUGGUCUCAAAAACGCUCCUGCCACAUUCCAAAGAGCAAUGAAUAACAUACUUCAAGAAUUUAUAGGAAAAUUUUGUUAUGUCUAUUUAGAUGACAUAAUAAUCACUGGUAACAAUUUAAAACAUCAUUUGCAAAAUAUUUCAAUUAUAUUGAAACGAUUAUCUGAAUUUAAUUUGAAAAUUCAGCUUGAUAAAUGUGAAUUCUUAAAAAAAGAAACAGAAUUCCUAGGACAUGUAAUAACAGCAGAAGGGAUAAAACCAGACCCAACUAAAAUAGAAAAAAUUAAAAACUGGAAACUCCCAACCAACCAGAAAGAAAUUAAACAAUUCCUUGGACUGAUAGGAUAUUACAGACGUUUUAUUAAAGACUUUUCGAAACUUGCCAAACCUUUGACACAAUACCUAAAAAAAGAAGAAACAGUAAAUGUUAAAGAUACAAAUUACACACAAGCAUUCGAGAAACUUAAAAACAUCUUGACAUCGGACCAAAUACUUUCAUACCCUAACUUCAACCUACCAUUUAUCCUAACGACGGAUGCAAGCAACUAUGCAUUAGGAGCAGUACUAUCACAAGUACAAGACAAAAUAGAACGACCAAUUGCAUUCGCAAGCAGAUCAUUAAAUAAAACAGAAAAUAAUUAUUCUACAACAGAAAAAGAAGCCUUAGCAAUAAUUUGGGCAGUAAAUAAAUACUAUCCAUAUCUCUAUGGUCAAAAAUUCACAUUGAUAACGGAUCACAAACCGUUGACAUUUAUUAAAACUUCCACCAGAAAUUCUAAAAUUCUUAGAUGGAGAUUGGAACUAGAAAACUUUGACUACGAUAUACAAUACAAAGAAGGAAAAGCAAACGUUGUUGCUGACGCUUUGAGUCGAAAAGAUGAAACUAAUACCAUUUCCUGUCUUUCAGAAACAAAAAACAAGGCACCACUUGAAGAACGGAAGAACCAUCUCACAAUGGAUAUGAAUGCUAACGAAACAAAUUCCAUUUCAGAUUCUCAACAUAAUAACCCACCAACAUCCGAAAAAAGGAGUAAGGAAAUCAAAGAUAGACUUAACCAGCUAGCGCCUUCAAGAAACCGUCACAAGCGUUGGGAUAUGCUAGGAUCAGCAUGGAAAUGGCUUGCGGGUACACCAGACGCCGAAGACCUUCGAAUCAUCAACAAAACACUAAACGACCUGAUCAGUGAAAACAAUGCACAAAUCAACAUUAACAAUGUUAUUAAUAACAAAAUUGCCGAAAUGACUGUAACGAUCAACUUGCUGAUAGAAAAACACUCAACUAAAGAAAAGCUAUUGUUACAAGAAAUAGAUGCAAUUACUUUACUAGUAUACAUGGAUGCAACUAACCGCAUUUUAGAAGACAUAGAAGAUGCAAUCCUACGAACACGUAUACAACUAACGAAUAGUAAACUGCUAUCCAUUAACGAGAUACUUGCUAUCGAAACGAUAAUCAACAACCAAGGUAUUCAAACGCAAUUUCCAGAAGAAGCCUUGAAAUACGCAAUACCAAAAAUUGCUAUAAAAGAAAAGAUGUUGUUUUACAUAUUGGAAAUUCCCAAAGUCGAAAAUAAUUGUAAAAUAUUCCAAAUCGUACCGCUCACCUUAAACGAUUCAACUAUAGUUAACAUACCACAAUACAUCAUUAUGAGCAAACAAGGAAUAUUUUUAACAAACAAACCAUUCGACUUGGUGCAGCUAGGCGAAUACACAAAACCGUUCAAAGACACCUGCCUCAUGCCAAUAUUAGAUGGCAAAGAAAGCAACUGCCAAGCUAUUGAAGACGACAAAACAAUGGUCACUCUCGUUACGAACAAUAAAAUCUUGCUGAAUAACGUAAAAAAUUCGCAAGUAAAAUCGAACUGUGGACCGCACGAUCGAAUACUUAACGGGAACUUCAUUCUUGCAUUCAAUAAUUGCACAAUAUCAAUUGAUAACCACACCUUCACGUCAGAAGAAACAACAACAAGUGCAAGAGAAGUACUAGGAGCUUUCCCCAACCUUACACAAAGUGGAUUGCUUUAUAAGAAAGCCGCAAAGCUGGAAGAACAGCUUGAGAAAGAGUGGGCACUGCAGAAUGAUCACGCCGGACCGAGCAACCAGUCACCGGUUGUGCAAUCUGCUGAAGAUGUUGCUAUGAGUGACCCCUAUGAAGAGCCUAUGGCGUCUAUGGAAGAGGAGUAUUUGAACGAAAACGGUGACGAUGACGACCGUAUCAGCGAUGAAGGAUCCAUCCACAACGAAGAUACCGACGGCGAAGAGUAUUUGGAGGGAGAAUUUUUGGAGGAGGCGAGCCUGGAAAUUGAUCCAGAAAGCGCGAAGCUACGAGACUCUUUGCGAACUUGGAUGUUAGGACAUUACUGA